CGUAUAGGGUUGAAAGAGAUCUGCAAACUACGAUUCCCAGAACUUGGUAUUCUAGAAAAGUGCAUAUGAGUUACCAUACAAAACCACAGUACAUCAUAUAUACAGGAAGACGUAGUGCUUUUCUCCAGCAAUUAUAAGGAUUUGGCGUUUAUUUUAAUUUUUACAUUUUAUUUUUAUUUUACUCCUAUCAUGUCUUUUUUACGUUUUGCUGGGGUGGGCAGGACGGUUCCCUCAAAAGUCAAGCUUCUUUUGCCUCAUUUCAGCAGCAGGUGUGCAAUUUCGAACUCAGAUGUGCUGAAUAGUCCAUUGAAAACACUCGUUCUGCAGAGCUCAAAUGCUGGCUUCAAACUUUCCAACGUGAGAUACAAGUCAAAUAUAACAGGGGAUCGAAGUGCAACUGGGUCGAACGGUAAGAAAGUCCGGCUAGUUGCUGGUGCUGCUCUGGUAGCGGGUCUGGUUGCUGGUUUAAGUCACUUUCAGAGAGCUGAGAUGAAAUCUACAGUGGCCAUUCAUUCUGAGACAGAAAAGGAUGCAGAUGAUAUUUUGGAGAAGUGCAAGCGUUUUAUGUCUGAACCAGUGACAGAUGUCCAAGUCCUGCAGAAAAACAAGGAAGAAAUGAGGACGAAGAUGGAGAUGAUGAUUUUGCAGACACAAGCAGAAUUUUGCAAAGCUCUCGCUGAGGUAGAUGGGGGAACUUUUCAAGUGGACCGCUGGGACAGGAAAGAGGGAGGUGGAGGUAUCAGCUGCGUCCUGCAAGACAGCAACAUUUUUGAGAAGGCUGGGGUAAAUGUGUCGGUUGUGUUCGGACAUCUUCCUGAGGAAGCAGCCCAGCAGAUGAGAAGCCGAGGGAAAUCACUUAAAAGUAAAGAUGGAAAGCUGCCAUUCUGUGCUAUGGGGGUGAGUUCUGUGAUCCACCCGAAGAACCCUCACAUCCCCACAAUACAUUUCAACUACAGAUACUUUGAAAUCGAAGAAGCCGAUGGUUCAAAGCUGUGGUGGUUUGGUGGAGGAACAGACCUGACACCCACAUAUCUUAAUAAGGAAGACGCUGUUCAUUUUCACAAAACCCUGAAGGAAGCCUGUGAUAAACAUGACAGGAAGCUGUAUCCGGAGUUUAAAAAAUGGUGCGACAACUAUUUCUUUAUUAAGCACCGGGGAGAGAGAAGAGGAGUCGGUGGAAUCUUCUUCGACGACCUGGAUUCCCCCACAAAGGAAGAUGUGUUUGACUUUGUGAGGAGCUGUGCCAAAGCGGUGGUGCCCUGCUACAUACCCAUUGUGAAGAAACACCUCAACGACUCUUUCACCUCAGAGGAGAAGCAGUGGCAGCAGCUUCGUAGGGGCAGGUAUGUGGAGUUUAACCUGGUUUACGACAGGGGAACAAAGUUUGGCCUUGCAACACCUGAGUCCAGGAUAGAAAGCAUUCUGAUGUCUCUGCCACUUACUGCAAGAUGGGAGUACAUGCACGAACCUCCUAAGGGUACAAAGGAAGCAGAAAUGUUGCAAGUGUUACGCAAUCCCAAAGACUGGGCUCAAUAACUAAAAGAAGCUGAAACAGAUAUAAAUAGCAACAAACCUCAGUUCAUUGAUUUAGAUGAUCUGCAUAUCACCCAAAACCUCUAUGUCAUUGCUCUCAUUAGGUGAAAGUUAUGAGGAGAGUUCUGCAAAGUGUUUUUCUUGUAUAACUUGAAGCUCCCUAUAAUGUGUCAAAAUCAAAUACAGAUGCCUUGCCUUCAUUAAAGCACGUGUGUUAAUAAGCAAGCCUACUGCAAAGUCCAGAAUAUUGUAGAACAUUUAAAAUUAUAAUUAAGAAGAAUCAAUUUUUUCUUAUUUUAAAAUGAAUGAUAGUUUUGAAAAGAACAAAUCAACAAGAAAAUGGAAACACUGAUGUUUGAUUGAUGCUGAAUUCCAGUUAAAUAAACACUUAAUCAUUUUUUUUAAAUGUUUUAAAUAAUUGAAAACAAAAAUGAAAGCAUUACUGUGAAGUACAGUUGUUGAAAUGAAAAUAACAUAUUGGUAUGCAUUUCUGCUGUUCCUAUGUCCUAUUUCUUUGUUAUAUUACAGUAUAAGGAUGAGUUGCCAGCCUGUUUCAGGAUUACUUUUUACUCUGGAAAAGUGUGCCUUCAGUUUGUUUAAGCCUUUGCCAUAACUGCAACUGAACAUGAUGUGGACUAAAGUGUCAGUCUUUGUACUUCUUCAUGUGCUAUACAGAUUUGUUGUGUUGCAAUUGUAAAAGCUAUAAAGUUACAUAUUUAUAUGCCUUUUCUCAAGUUUUGUAAAAUCUUCCUGGUUAUUUACACAACAAAAAGUAAAGCACAGUAAUGAAAAAGUAUUGUAAGGCUCUCAUCCCUUUUCAGUCACUUGUUAAGUUUUUUAAGAUUGGUAAAGCAAACCCAGCUCUGUCUUGGGCAUUCACUGAAUAACCUCAAACAUGUUUGAGGAAAAUCAGUGUUAAAAAGGAGUUUGUGUGGUCCAGUAGGAGGCUGUGUGGUCCAGUGGUUAAAGAAAAGGGCAUGGAACCUAGAGAUCCCCGGUUCAAAUCCCACCUCAGCCACUGACUCAUUGUGUGACCCUGAGCAAGUCACUUAACCUCCUUGUGCUCCGUCUUUCGGGUGAGACGUAAUUGUAAGUGACUCUGCAGCUGAUGCAUAGUUCACACACCCUAGUCUCUGUAAGUCGCCUUGGAUAAAGGCCGUCAGCUAAAUAAAAUAAAAUAAAAAUAAAAAGUUAAUAAUUAAUACCACAA